CGUUUGCAAACUGUAAUCCAAACACACACUUAAUGGUAUCAAUUAUAUUAUAAUUAUAUAUCAUAAUCCCUGUUUUGGAAUUGGAUCAUGAUUGGAUCAUGAUUGCAUUUGAUAUAUCAUAUAAGUAGCCAAGUUAAUGUAUGACAGCAUAGUUAGUAUAUAGUGAUAUGGUGUUAGAGAUGAACUUGUCAACAAUAUAACAAGCAAUGGUGAAACUUGUUAGUGUUACAUAAUGUAAUCUUGCUAGUACAUAGUGCUUGAAUUUUCACCCUGUUGUAGUUUUUUAUGGUUACAUGGUUAUUGUUUGAAUCUAUGUGCAGAUUAUUAUCUAUGGACUGAAUUGCACUUAAUAAGUUGGAUAUUAUUCCUUUUCAUAUUGCAGUCUCUCUUUUUAUUUUUUCCGCUCGAAAUAGUGCAGUUUUGAUGUUGGGAAAUUUGAAGACUUUGCUUGAAAUAAGUGUAGGAUUUUGACUAAGUCGAGCUCCAGAGUGUCUUUAUGUUGGUGCAGUCAUGCACCCACAGACGAACUGAGGUAUCUGAAUUGUCCUUGUGCCAUUUAGGACUGCAGAGAUGUACGAAAUGGCAUGCUUAACUUUUAUGAUCUGUAGCAUUUAUUUGGAUAUUUGAAUGGUUCAAUUCUGAUAUGUUGUAUAAUGAGAUGAAAAGGGCCCUCCGACAAUCUGCUUUUAUCCUGAUGAGGGAGUUAUCAUGGCGUUUCUUUGGCCACAAAAUCGACUGGCGAAGAUUGUUUCUUCUGGCGGCUGUUUUGACUGUAUCUAGUAUUUUGUUUCAGAUGCUUGUACAUAGAUAUUUACUAAAUGAUCAGUCUCCUUAUGAAAAUGAUUCAUCACACCCAUCCUUGAAUAGCAGCACCACCAAAGAGGCAAUACUUCAGCAGGUUCGCUUCAGCCUUCCUUACUCUGUUAUUUUACUUAAUUCAUCAAAUGAAGUAGUCCAAUCAGUCGCAUUUGAGUCUGAGAGAGCAAAAACCUGCCUGAAUAGUUCAAUCUCUAGGAGUAAAAGGGAGGACAAGCUUGCUGACGCAACAAAAAAUACAAGAUUUUCACCCCUUGGUGUUCCUUCUUAUAAGCAGAGACACAUACAGUUGUUGCCACCUCAUGAGGCCCUUGUGUAUGCAAAGAAAGAGAUUGAUAAUGCCCCUUUGGUUAAUGAAGAUCCUGAUCUCUAUGUCCCUUGAGGGUGAAGAUGUAGUUUCGCAAAUGAAGAUGUAGUUUCUUGUACAGUAAAGAACAUAUAUGAAGUUGCAUCAUAUAUAAUAUGUAUAUUUAGUGUUCAUAAAUCAAGAUUUGUUUUCAAUA